AUGUUUACCUUCGAGAGGUUAAUUGUUGUGGUAUGGCCACUGAGAGCCAUCAAUUUUUUCACCCUUCAAAGAACCCAAUUCCAUGUCCUCCUUGCCGUCUUUAUCAGCAUUCUUGUCAACUUGCCCUGGUUCUUUGCACUCGAAACGGUAGAAGAUCCUUGUGGAACUGGCGAAUUCGUCUGCCAACCAAACGAAGUACUCAAUUUCAACCGAAUAUUUGAAGUCGUAUUCUUAUCUGUUUUACCUGCAGCAAUAAUAUGCACUUGCAAUGCAGUUAUCCUCUACAAAAUUCGACACCACCGAAGACCUGGAGCGAAUGGAACUGAUCAGUUGAGCGGCGAAAAUGGGAGUUUUACGAUGACCCGAUUCUCAACAACCAUGCAACUCCUUGCUGUAUCCUUCUGCUUUCUGGCUUUAAUCUUACCCUCUGCAGUUAUUAAUGUGAUACAGACAUUCAAGCACUUUCUUGAUACUUGGAAGGAAUCAUCUGGCACACUGGCCGAUAUUUACUACAUUGCAUGGUUCCUCUUUAUGAUUAAUUUAAGUAGCAAUUUCUUUGUUUACUGCUUGGUGAGACCGGUUUUCCGCAAAGCGGCCAUGGGAUUGUUUCGGAAGAAACAAACAUCGGAGACUUCGAGCUACUUUCGUACAACAACAAGGCCGAUUGCCCAAACUAUUGAGUCAAUCGCGUAA